UCUUUGAAGUUUGGUCUGCCCAGAAAUCUAGCGAACAGUGUCAUCAUUUUGUCACAAAACUUUUGUGCCUGUACAGGUUUGAGACAAAAAAAUUAACACAAAGAUACAUGUAAUAUACGUACAAAUAACAUAUUGAGAUGGCUGGAUACAAAGCUGAAGAUGAGUAUGAUUACUUGUUUAAGUUGGUUUUAAUAGGUGAUUCUGGUGUGGGUAAAUCAAAUCUACUGUCCAGGUUCACUAGGAAUGAGUUUAAUCUUGAAUCAAAAUCAACUAUUGGUGUUGAAUUUGCUACAAAGAGUCUUAAUGUUGAUGGGAAAGUCAUCAAAGCUCAAAUCUGGGAUACUGCUGGCCAGGAAAGGUACCGUGCCAUUACCAGUGCUUAUUAUCGUGGAGCUGUUGGUGCUCUUCUUGUGUAUGAUGUCACUAGAAAUAUUACUUUUGACAAUAUUGAGAGGUGGUUGAAAGAGUUGAGAGGUCAUACAGACCCCAAUAUUGUAGUAAUGCUGAUUGGCAACAAAGCAGAUCUUCGGCACCUUGUUGCUGUUUCAACUGAGGAUGCAAAAGCUUUUGCGGAGAGGGAAUCUCUUUAUUUCAUGGAAACUUCUGCACUGGAGGCAACCAAUGUAGAAAAUGCUUUUCAGGAAGUUCUCUCACAGAUUUAUCACAUUGUCAGCAAGAAGGCAGUUGAAACUGGGGAUGAAGCAUCUGCUUCGUCCCUUCCAUCCAAAGGAGAGACGAUUAACGUCAAGGACGAUUCUUCAGCUCCCAAGAAAUUCAGUUGCUGCUCAACCUAGGUCCUGAUCCAAAACAUAUGAUGUAGCAGAAUUACAACUUUGUACAUUAUCUUUCAUUAUUUCGUAUCUGUGAGAAAUAUAGAAAUGAAUACGUUGUGUGAACCCUGUUUGUGUAUUUUUCUGGCAUUUUCGAUCUAACAAUAUGAGGAUGCACAUUCUCCCUUCUGACAAAAAAUCAAUAUAUCUUCUCUUUUGUUAUAA